AUGGCGAGCAGCUCCUCAGCAGGCGGGCAGCAGACACCCCCUCAGGAGACGCUUGAGUUGUGUCUGCCCGACUUGAUGGGCGCCCUGGCGUGCACUGAGGACUCAGUGUCUGUCGCACCCAGGCGCCUUGGGAGCAGGGUGCAGUUCGACGCGAGCCAUGCCAUUUUGAGUUCUAUGGGCCCAGCCCCCUUGGAAGCCGUCCGUGGCAUGGACGGGGAUGACAGGUUCGUCAAGCAAGAGAACCGCGGCGAGAACCGAUGGGAGGUCACCAGCGCGGGCCAGGAGGAGAUGAAAGACGGCAGCGGCACCGAGCACGCGAAGACGAAGGACGCAACCGAGGAGUCGGUCACCGCGAUGCUGGAGCUUGGUGGGCUCAGCCUGGCGUUCUACAGCACGGCCGUGGCCAUGCUGCAGAGCACGAGCGUCAAGCCGCCACCUGUGCCAGAGGCGGCGCAGGAUAUGGCUCGACCAGUGGGCACCGAGGAUGGUGAUCCAGAACAGGACGACGUGGCAGAUGCCGACGGAGACGGUGAUGGCCAAGGCGAUCGACCGCUUGCAGUGGACGGCGGCAACGUCGACGACGGCGAGAACAUCUUGGCGUUCCAGCAGACCAAGGGCAUCAACGACCUGUCUGUCAGCGGCAACCUCCCGUCAGGGACUGUCUACGGGGCUGUCAACAAGAUCAGGGGAACCAUCAACGCGUACGUCAACAAGCUCGCUGAGUCGAGCUGGUACGACAAAUUUGUCUUGGGAACUAUGCACGCUCUGCACAGGCGCCUCAUGAAGCACAAGCACAACGUUGUUGGGAAGGCUCAGUUCGACGUACAAUGUGCCUUUCACCAGCUGGACAAUCGACUUGAUAAAGGUCUCAUUGCUUUGUACAAGGGGACCAAGGGCUGGCUGGAGAGUCAGGACGAUGCCAUGUUGAUAGAUACGCUGGAGCCGUUUACGAUUGUGUUGCCCUGUUUGAUGAAGGAACGCGUGUGUUUGUCAGAGGAGCUCCGCAUCGUCAUGAUAUACGCCAUCUUCCAGGGACUUGCGGCUCAGUUAAAGUCUGUACCUCAGGCCAUGGAGAUAUUCGACGUUACGAUUCUCGAAGUCUUCUGCAAGAUCAGGUCUUAUACCCCUAUCGUGGAGGCCGCCCCAGCAGUUAAGGUCGAGGCCGAUAUCGAGGUGGACUCUUGCUGCGUCACAGCCACAGCUACUGAGGCGCAGAGUGGCAGUGGGAAUGCUGGCGGGCAGCUGGAAGCAAGGCCCAAGAGGAGGGCUCGACGACAAUUGGAAGACAUCCAUUCUCGAGUGCCCACUGGCCAGACACCUGUCUUCUACAUGUCGUGCAUGAUUUCGGAAUCCAUUCGAGCAUGGCUUUCCAGCGUGCCAGCAGAGUCCGCGGAGCGCGCCACCGACGCUUACAAGGUCAUGCAGGAUCUCGAGUUGGUCGGCAAGAGCUGGGAUUCGAAGGAGAGCCAGGCGUUGAGGAGCGUCGUCACCAUCGCGAAGUGCAUGAGCCAUUAUGAGAGCUCCAGGCCGCCCACUGCCGAAGUCAGGCAGGCAAGGAGGACAAUCCACGACUUGAUCAGACAGGCCAGCUCUCCAGCAUCGGAGCUCGCGCGCACCAUGCAGGCAUGCCCCGUGGGCAAGGCCUUCAUGGAGGCCAGCCGCAAGCACGUUGCGCAGUCGAUCGAGGACGAUACAGCUACGACAUCAUUUGAUCUCGCAUCGAAGUCUUUCCAGAAGGAUUUCGAGCAGGCUUUUGAUGAUGCUGAGGGUUGGGUUGCGGAGAUGCGAAACAUGUCACGCCAUACUGGCUACACUGAAAUCACGACUGUGAUGACCAAGAUGCACCUCUUCUUCACCACCGCCCACGGCUCGAUCAAGGCUUGGUCCACGGCAUCUUGCCGCGCGAACUUGAAGUUCUGUGCCGAGAACCUCAACAACUGCUUGGUCUUGCUCCAAAUCGGUAAGUACAUGCUCGUUGAUAUUUUCGAUCAGCUCAUCGUCGAUCAGAUUCCUAUUCUCGGUGACGCGUUGAUUCAUCAAUACAGCGAUCCUGCAAACGAUGCGGCUCAGGGAGAGGCUGGCGAGGACGAGCAGUCUGAGAAGCAGGAGCAGGAGCCUAAGACCUUCGAGGAGUACAAGGCCAAGCUGAAGGACAUGAUCGAUAACUUCGAAAAGCGAACGCACCUCUUCGAGAGCACCGUUGACCAGUUCAGGGGGUGCCUAUCUGACUUGGACCGUAAGUGGAGGUGCAGCGCUAACCUCCUGCACCAGCUCGUGGGCGAUCCCGUUUUCGACUACAUUGCAGAGGAGGACUUUAACCCACUCAAAUUCGAGAGCAACCUCAUUUCCAUCUCUAGCGUGUUGAAGAACAUGGCGUCUUUCAUGAAUGCGUCCUGCAAGCUGGUGAAGAUGCGAAAGGUCGACACGCCGAGCAAGGAGGUACACGACAACCUUGCGAAUGAGAUCGUUCAGUUCGCAGGCAUGGUGAGCUUCACCCAGAAGGAGGGCUUCGUCUUCGAUGCCUCGAGCGCCGUGACCCGCCAGGAGGUCAUCGACAAGACCGUGACCGCCUUUCAGGCGUUCGUCGGCGGUCCAGGCCCGACGGGUUGA